CUCGGCGCUCCGCCCAGGCCUCGCCCCUCGGCGCUCCCGCCCCUCCCCCUCCCCUGUCGCUCGCUUUCUGUCAGCCUGUCUCCCUCUCCCUCUCCCCCUCUCUCCUUCCUCACGCUUCCUCUCUCGCACCUGAGCACACGCACCUGCCCGGGCCCGGCUCCCUCUCCCUCCUCCCCUUCUCCCCCUCCCUUUUUCCCCGCCCGGCCGGAAGGCUCGGGCCCCGGCCGCGGGAGCCUCGUGGCUGCGUCACCGCCGCCCCCCCAGACAAGAUGGACACCGCCGAGGAAGACAUAUGUAGAGUGUGUCGGUCGGAAGGAACACCUGAGAAACCUCUUUAUCAUCCUUGUGUAUGUACUGGCAGUAUUAAGUUUAUACAUCAAGAAUGCUUAGUUCAGUGGCUGAAACACAGUCGAAAAGAAUACUGUGAAUUAUGCAAGCACAGAUUUGCUUUCACACCAAGUAAGUUCUUUAGAAGUUUUCACUGCAUUUUCUUGGUUAUUACUUCUCAGUUACUUAAUUAUAUGUAUUUUUUUUUAAAUAGGGAAAAUUUGUUGGCGGAUUGUUUGCAGGGUUGUUUCGUGGUGACAUGCACACUGUGUGCAUUCAUCAGUCUGGUGUGGUUGCGAGAGCAGAUAGUCCACGGGGGAGCACCAAUUUGGUUGGAGCAUGCUGCUCCACCCUUUAAUGCUGCUGGUCACCACCAAAACGAGGCUCCAGCAGGAGGAAAUGGUGCAGAAAAUGUUGCCGCUGAUCAGCCUGCUAACCCACCAGCUGAGAAUGCAGUGGUAGGGGAAAACCCCGACGCGCAGGAUGAUCAGGCAGAAGAGGAGGAGGAGGACAAUGAGGAGGAAGAUGAUGCCGGCGUGGAAGAUGCCGCAGAUGCUAAUAACGGAGCCCAGGAUGACAUGAACUGGAAUGCUUUAGAAUGGGACCGAGCUGCAGAAGAGCUUACAUGGGAAAGAAUGUUGGGGAUUAGGGAGAGUUUAGCAGCCCUGAAGCAUGUCUUCUGGGUGGUGUCUUUAAAUACACUGUUCAUUCUUGUUUUUGCAUUUUGCCCAUACCACAUUGGUCAUUUCUCCCUUGUUGGUUUGGGAUUUGAAGAACACGUCCAAGCAUCUCAUUUUGAAGGCCUAAUCACAACCAUAGUUGGGUAUAUACUUUUAGCAAUAACACUGAUCGUUUGUCAUGGUUUGGCAACUCUUGUUAAAUUUCAUAGGUCUCGUCGCUUACUGGGAGUCUGCUAUAUUGUUGUUAAGGUUUCUUUGUUAGUGGUGGUAGAAAUUGGAGUAUUCCCUCUCAUUUGUGGCUGGUGGCUGGAUAUCUGUUCCCUGGAAAUGUUUGAUGCUACUCUGAAAGAUCGAGAACUGAGCUUUCAGUCGGCUCCAGGCACUACCAUGUUUCUGCAUUGGCUAGUGGGAAUGGUGUAUGUCUUCUACUUUGCUUCCUUCAUCCUGUUACUGAGAGAGGUACUUCGACCUGGUGUCUUAUGGUUUCUGAGGAAUUUGAAUGAUCCAGAUUUUAAUCCAGUUCAGGAAAUGAUCCACUUGCCCAUUUAUAGGCAUCUCCGAAGAUUUAUUUUGUCAGUGAUUGUCUUUGGCUCCAUUGUCCUCCUGAUGCUUUGGCUUCCUAUACGUAUAAUUAAGAGUCUGCUGCCUAAUUUUCUUCCAUAUAAUGUCAUGCUCUACAGUGAUGCCCCAGUGAGUGAAUUGUCCCUCGAGCUUCUUCUGCUUCAAGUUGUCUUGCCAGCAUUACUUGAGCAGGGACACACGAGGCAGUGGCUGAAGGGGCUGGUGCGAGCGUGGACUGUGACGGCUGGGUACUUGCUGGAUCUUCAUUCCUAUUUAUUGGGAGAUCAGGAAGAAAAUGAGAAUAGUGCAAAUCAACAAGUCAACAAUAACCAGCACGCUCGAAAUAACAACGCUAUUCCUGUAGUGGGGGAAGGCCUGCACGCAGCUCACCAAGCCAUACUGCAGCAGGGAGGGCCUGUUGGCUUUCAGCCUUACCGCCGGCCUUUAAAUUUUCCACUCAGGAUAUUUCUGUUGAUUGUCUUCAUGUGUAUAACAUUACUGAUUGCCAGCCUCAUCUGCCUUACUUUACCAGUAUUUGCUGGCCGUUGGUUAAUGUCAUUUUGGACGGGAACUGCCAAAAUCCAUGAGCUCUACACAGCUGCUUGUGGUCUCUAUGUUUGUUGGCUAACCAUAAGAGCCGUGACAGUGCUGGUGGCAUGGAUGCCCCAGGGACGCAGAGUGAUCUUCCAGAAAGUUAAAGAGUGGUCCCUCAUGAUAAUGAAGACUUUGAUAGUUGCAGUGCUGCUGGCUGGAGUAGUCCCUCUCCUUCUGGGGCUUUUGUUUGAGCUGGUUAUUGUUGCUCCCCUGAGGGUUCCCCUGGACCAGACUCCUCUUUUUUAUCCAUGGCAGGACUGGGCACUUGGAGUCUUGCAUGCCAAAAUCAUUGCAGCUAUAACGUUGAUGGGUCCUCAGUGGUGGUUGAAAACUGUAAUUGAACAGGUUUAUGCAAAUGGCAUCCGGAACAUUGACCUUCAUUAUAUCAUUCGUAAACUGGCAGCUCCAGUGAUCUCUGUGCUCUUGCUUUCUCUGUGUGUACCUUAUGUCAUAGCUUCUGGCAUUGUUCCUUUACUAGGUGUUACUGCGGAAAUGCAAAACUUAGUCCAUCGGCGGAUUUAUCCAUUUUUACUGAUGGUCGUGGUAUUGAUGGGAAUCUUGUCCUUCCAGGUCCGCCAGUUUAAGCGCCUUUAUGAACAUAUUAAAAAUGACAAAUACCUUGUGGGCCAACGCCUCGUGAACUAUGAACGGAAAUCGGGCAAACAAGGCACAUCACCACCACCUCCACAGUCGUCCCAAGAAUAAAGUGGUUGUCUCAACUCCUUGACCUUCCCCUUGCCUUUACGUGUCCUUUUUUGUGGACUUCUCUCUUUGAAGAUUUUCCCAGUGAUCUCUCAGCAUUGUUUUUAAGUUAAAUGUAUUUGACUUGUGUUCUCGGCAUUAAGAGAGUAGCAGUGUGAGGCUCUGCUGCUCUUCUUUGCCUCUUGUGACAUCAGUGCUGUCUGAGAUCUGUAUAUGUGUAAAUAGAAGUUCCUUGAUGCCCUAAAACCUUGGAUUAAACAGAAUGUGCAUUGUACAUCUUUAAACAAAAUGUAUAUUAAUUUAUUAAAUCUAGUUGUCACUUUAUUUUGGACCUGCUGUGAUCUCGACAGGAAACAUGCCACAGAGCAAUAGUGCACAGGCAAGAAUUUUCAGUGAUGUCUUGUGGAGUGCAGUUCACGAUGUUCUCUCAGUUCUCACUAAGGAAACUAUACACUCUUUCUUGGCUAUUCAGACCUUACCAAGAACGUAAAAGGAAACAAGUAGAAAUCAGCAGUGGAGUGUCUGUGGUAAGAAAACAUGAACUUUGUGCUUCACUGUCAGUUGUUUUUGAAAGUUAUUUUGUAUAACACCAAAGCUGUUGUACAUUUUCUACUGCCUGGUUUUUUUCAUAUGUCUGUGUUUGUAUUGUAUAGUAUCUUGUGCUAGGUGAGGAAAUUAUUUUUAAUUUUGAUAAUUUAAUAUUCUUAGCGGUCAUCAUUGGGAGUUGGGUUCCUGUGCUUGUUAGGGGCAUGUGUAUACUUAGAAAAAAAUGAAAAAUCCAAAUGAAGAUUUUCAUUAGUCUUCCCACCUCCCACGCCCCCAACACAGCUAUCUCUUUCUUUUGGUAGCAGUGGCCAAAAGUCAUGCAAGAUUAUAAAUCUUUCAGAAUAACAUCACCAACCAUACUACAUCUUACCAGACUUAGGACAUUUUGUGAAAUGCUUGUGAAGUGUAGAUGUGGUUGUGGUUUUAUUUUGACAGCAUUAGAGAAGACUGGUUAGAACAUCUAGUCUUGAUAGCUAGUGCAUCACUGGGUGAGUAUCAGGGAGUACAUUUCUCCUACUUUUUCACCAGUAAAUCCCAAAGUUUUCAAACCUUUUUGUUUACAGGAUAAAACUACAAAUAAAACCAACUCGAUUUUAUUUGUCCAGAAGGAAGCUGGCUGAGCUGGCCUUUUAACAUAGGAAUGUAUUUCAUUGGAAACGUGCUGUAAAAUCUCAGAGAACUGAACACUUACAAACUUGGUACUCCUUUAUAACCAAAGCUUCAAGAUAGAAGUUUAGAGAAGUAGAGUGAUUGUGCACAUGAUCCCAGUAUUUAAUGGUAAUGGUAUAUGGUAAGGAUAGUGUUUGUUUUUGAAUGAUAAUUUAGAAGUUCUCAUAGAAAGUGUACAGUAUCAGUAUUUAGAAACUAUAAAAGAAUUUUCACAUAGUAUUAAAAUCCACAGACUAAAAUCUGAGGAUUUUUAACAUACGAAAGUUGGCCAAACGUAAGCUACCAAAAUCAAGAGCAACAUGUUCUGGUAGUUCAUACGUCAACAUUUUUCCCUAAGUAGCAGCAAUUACUUUAAAAUAUAUUUUAAAAAAAUCAGUAUCAAAAAAAAAAAUGCUUGACAUAGGAUUCAGUGUUAACACUAUUUGGCACCUUUUCUGCUGUAUUUGAAGUAAGGUCUUUGCUAGCCCUACCUCUACUCAGAAAUUUAGUCCUACUGUAAAAAAUUAGGAGCAUUUUAAAAUGUAAUGCCACCUUUCAUGGUGUGUAUCUAUAUACAUUAUUCUCUUUGGGAGGAAAAAUAUUGAAUUGGACAUAUAUUAAUUUAGGUUUCUUUUAAUUUUUGAAAGAAUUUGUAGAUCGUGAUAUAAAGUCAUUGGAACACAUCUGUUUUAACAGGGAUCUAGGCUGAUACUACAAAAGGUUUAAAAACUCUUAAUCUUACAGAAUUUUAUGAAUCUUACCAGAUAUUUUGUGAGGAAGAAAAAACCCAGUGUGAAUGGCCAAAAAAUUGCCCUCCGUUUCACUAGCAGAUAAUUUAUAUUGUCUUAAGAAUUCUCCCCUAGUUUUUCAGUUGAACUUUGUCCUGUUAUUUUCAAUAAGAUAAAUACUUUCAUAAGGAAGGCAUUUUCUGGCAUAAUAUUUGCUUUGGUAGCAUCCAGGUUUUACUACUAACCAGUAGUCUUUUAAAUAUUUAAAACCCAUAGUUCAAAAAGUGCUAGUAUUGCUGCCCUUCUUCACAAAGACUUAAAAAAGAAAAUCAUAGUGUAGUUUUGCUUCAUUUUACAUUUGGGUAAAACAAUCUUCAAGGAAAUUUAUUAGGAAAGAAGACCUUUCGCUUUGUUUUUACUGUUUAUAAAUUGAAGACAAAUCAACAUUUGGGCUUAGUUUUAUGUGACCAGUUAUCAAAUGGUCAUAGUAUGAAGUGUGCAGUUGUUCAUUAUUAGCAAAUUAUGUUUGAUUUUUAAAGUAUUAAAUAUAAUAGUUGAGAUGAAAACUGAAGAAAAAUGCCAAUGUGAAGUUUGUGUGUAGGUAGCCUUAAAAAAGCUCUACAUUUUUAGGUGAUUUUUUUCCUGUUAGUUCUCUGGGGAAACGAUGGAGAUGGGACAUCUCAAUUCCAGAUGUAAACAAAAAGUAAUUUUUAUUUCAGCGUUUAAUACAACUGUUAUUACUGUGGAUUCUUGUCUUGUGUUUUUUCUCUCCCUUAUUCAAGUAAUAGAGAAUAAUUUUCCCUCAAAUUAUUUGAUCCUAGAUGUAUCAUUUCUAUAUUGGCAAAAUGCUGUUAAAGUGUAAUUCUUGGAUUUAGGUUGAAUUGAUGAUGACUUUUUAAAACAAAACAAAAAACACUGGACAUUGUAGAUGUCGCAGUACAAUAUAGAUUGUACUGUGUUUGCACACAUGCGUGCGUGCAUGCGCUCGUGCACGCACACAGAAUGUAGUGCCAUUAUAAGAACACUGGCACUUUUUAAAACUUUGCAAGUUAGUUACUUAUUUUCAUUUUUAGGAUUGAAUAAGCUCUCUACUUAACUGUGAAAAGUUUUUUACAUUGUAAAACUAAAAGAUGAUGUUUAAAAUAGUCCUUUAGAAUGUUAAUUAUUCAGUCAUCAAGAAAAAACAAAACUAAAAUGUCUUACCACUAAAGUAUUAUUAAAAGCCUCAUUUGUAGAGAUUCUCUAACUUCCUUGGUUUAGCUGUCUGUUUAUCUAUUUAAUUUGCCCUCUCAAUCAGAUGUUUUCUUUUUGGUCUAUUACUGCCCUGUGUCAUUUUUUUAAAUAGCCAUCAUGAGUAAGGGCUUCUUUUAAAUAAUCCCUAACAAUAUCUUUGGCAUUAAUAUAACAUAAAGAUAAGACAGUGUAUAUGUUUUCAUUCCUGUCUAUUUUGUAUGAGUGCCUCAUUUUGUAGUCAUGAAGGUAACAUAGUACCUUAAAUGAAAAUGUAAUGACUAAGGCCUUGGAAUAUCCGUUGUAGAAGCUAAAUAGAACACUUAGUUAUUUGGGACGUCAGUUUUCUAUUAAAGCAAACACCUUAGAUACCCAGACUGAUUUUAUGUGUAUAUAUUCUAAAAUGCUCCCUUUUUUAUGUGGUUGUUUGUUGCCUUCUAACUUGAGAGAACAAAAUUGAAUAAAGUGAAUGUUAGUUGUA